AUGGGUCUCAAAAAAUUUAACCCGUUCAAAAAGGACCGCCAGAACUUUCCGGGGGUCGUGAUCCCGUUGGCUGGUGCCCCUGUGCAUAGCUCUAACCUCACCCAGAAGGACGACAAGGAAACCAAGAGCUUGGACCUCACGUCUUCUAUGGAGAAUGGCAGUGCCAGCUCUCAAACUGGCUCGACAUUGACGCUGGAAGCACUUCGCGCAGAAAUCGAGUCUGAGGUUGCUACUGCGACUCAUGACUCAGCCUAUGACCGCAAGGCGAAGGUGAUUAAUAGAGCUUUGCAGGAUAUUGGCAUGGGCCGGUAUCAGUGGCAGCUGUUCUUCCUUUGCGGUUUCGGUUGGACUGCGGACAACCUAUGGCUCCAGGGAGUCGCCCUUACUCUGACACCCAUUUCUUACGAAUUUGGGCUCUCAAGUACAUGGGUGCGUUUUACGACCUGUGCUUUGUUCUUGGGUCUCUGCAUCGGUGCCUCGUUUUGGGGUAUUGCCUCUGAUAUUAUUGGCCGUCGUCUUGCUUUCAACACUACCCUCUUCCUGGCUGGUGCUUUUGGCCUAGCUGCGGGUGGAGGUCCUAAUUGGAUCGGAACAUCUGCUCUUUUCGCUUGUCUUGGUCUUGGUGUGGGUGGAAACCUGCCUGUCGACGGUGCUCUCUUCCUAGAGUUCUUGCCCUCCGUCUCCGGUAACAUGUUGACCAUGUUGAGUGUCUGGUGGCCUGUCGGCCAGCUGAUCGGCAGUCUGCUUGCCUGGGCAUAUAUCCCAAACUUCAGCUGCACAGGCUAUGAGGGCUGCACCAAGGAGAAGAAUAUGGGAUGGCGCUACCUAGUGCUCACUCUGGGUGCCAUCACCUUUGUCAUGUUCAUUCUACGGUUCUUCUUCUUCCAUCUGUACGAGUCACCCAAGUUCCUGCUCUCCCGCGGUCGUCAGGAAGAAGCCGUCGCCUCCGUCCACGGUAUUGCCUAUAAAAACGGCACCCAAACCUGGUUGACCAACGAGAUCCUCAACGAGAUUGGUGGCUACGCCGAGACCCAGGAAGAGAAGACCAAGUUAAGCUAUGGCCAAAUUAUUCGCCGGUUCUUCUCCAAGUUCUCAAUGGAGCGCAUUGGACCCCUCUUCGCCAACAAGCGUAUGGGCUUCAACACCGCCCUUCUCUGGUUCUGCUGGGCCACCAUUGGCAUGGGAUACCCCCUCUUCAACGCCUUCCUGCCCCAGUAUCUCGCCACAUCUGGCGGCGAAGUCAACUCCAACUACAUCACCUACCGCAACUAUGCUAUCACCUCCAUUGUCGGUCUUCCCGGCUCAAUCCUGGCCUGCUGGACUGUCGAUAUCAAGUAUAUUGGUCGCAAGGGUACAAUGGCAAUUGCCACUCUUAUCACUGGCGUCCUACUAUUCUGCUUCACUGCCUCCACCAGCUCCAAUAUCCAACUCCUGUGCACUUGUCUCGAGGCGUUCUUCCAGAACAUCAUGUACGGCGUCCUGUAUGCUUACACACCGGAGACUUUCCCUGCUCCCAACCGUGGUACCGGCACUGGUAUUUCCAGCUGCCUAAACCGUAUUGCUGGUCUCUGUGCUCCACUUGUGGCUAUCUACGCCGGCAGCUCGAACCCAAACGCGCCCAUCUAUGCUUCUGGUGCUUUGAUCUUGGCUUCUUUCGUUGCUAUGUGCCUCCUUCCCAUCGAGACUCGGGGCAAGCAGACACUAUGA